AUGCACUACCGCUCCUAUUGGAUACCGGCCAUUUGGAAGGAGACAGCGUUGAAAGUGGAGAGACGAGUCGACUACGUCAUGAUGGCGUCUUUCCUAUUCCCUGUUUUGAUACUAACCUUGUUUAAGCAUCAAGAGCCGAGGUUUCUGAUACCCGUGUUGUUUCCGCUCGUUUACGUCGCUCAUGACAAGUUUUUCAAGCCUGGGGUGUUGAGCAAAGUUCUUCUGGGGUCUUGGAUUGUUUCCAAUGUUCUGCUCACUUACUUCUAUGGCGUCAUGCAUCAGGCUGGAAUACCACCUAUGCUGAUCUACGUUUCCCGCAACCUACAAAGAACUGGACAAGGAUUGCACUUGAUCUCAACCUACAGUUACUCCAUGCCGCAGUUUCUCUUGGCGAACCCUCGCGGCAGUGGGUUCCCUAUCCACACCUACGACUUGGGCUCUACAGACUUGUACCAGGUGAUAGAAUUCGCUUGCGGAUUCCACGACGCAUUGCCUGCUUUAGUCGCAAUGCCAGGGAGUAUGACUGAGCGACAUCUAGUGUCUGGGAACGGAACCUGUGCCGAUUCGGGUUUGUGGAAAGUCGCGUCGAGUGUAUCCAGGAAAUAUGGGGUUGUGGGUCAUCCAGGUGUUCAAUUUUGCCGACAAGCUAGUUUUAGCCCACAUUUGACAACUGAGUUUUUGCCAGUUAUUUCGAAUGUCACUUUCAGUGAGGUUUUCAGAGCAGUUGAGCAAUUGCGGCUGGAUUUGUUCUUGAUCAAGUGUUCAUGAUCAUUGGAUGGAAAUGGAAAGAGGGCAUAUUUGCAUGAA